AGACGGUAGAAGAAAGAGAAGGCUCUUUUGCAGAGCUGUGGUUAUAGAGACUGAAGUGAAAGCAUUCAACAGCCUAAUCCUAGAUGUAACAAACACUGCUGCAGAAUGAAAAUGGAAUCAUGUAGGUUGGUUCUGCUGGCUCUGCUGCUGCUCCACGCACCCUCUCCUCUGAUGCGCCUGUGCUCGCUUCAGAGCCGCGACCAAAGCGUUGGAGAGCGAAGGCUGGGUCUGAAACAGAGGGUUUGGAUUCGUGGGAAGCCUGUUGAGAACAACGUUGAAACAGAGCUCGAGAGCUCGGCAAUGGAGAGAAGGAUGAGCCAUUUGUCGACCGAGGGAUGUGAAAGGAUGAGACUUUAGACAUGCCCGUCGGAAAAGAUUGGAUUUGUUUUGUUUUUUAUUUUUGUUUUUUGUCUUCACUGAUCCCAGAGUUGCUGAGAGAGUCUUAUUGAUCGUUAUAACACCAAACCCUUCAUUUAGCUUUACAGAUUGGGAUUCUAAGUUGCAGCAAACGAUGGUAGAGAUGUUUCCUUUAAGAUCAGCAGAUGCUGCUUACGGAAAGAUCAAAUCUAUGCUCUCUACUCUUGGUGAUACUUUUACUCGGAUCAUUAGCCCAAAGGAGUACCAAAGUUUCAGAAUUGGUAGUGAUGGGAACCUGUAAGGUGUUGGUCUUUUCAUAAACUCAGAACCAGGAACAGGUUACCUGGUUAGUAACAAAACACACAUCUUGAUGAGACCAACGUAGCAUGAAGUAGAUAGAUGUUGUUUCAUGGUAGAGAGAUCAAUGUAGGUUGUUAUGUCUUGCAUAGAAGAUUCGCCUCCCUAUUGAUGAAGACCGGUGAACACAAAACGUCUAGGAGAAACUACGACGCGACCCGAGCUUACGCUCUCUCCAAGCUAGCCAACGUUCUCCACACGAUAGAGCUUUCCCUGGUUCUCCAUAAAAUGGAUGCUAAUGUAACUGCAAACUGUGUUCAUUCUGGAAUCGUGAGAACGCGUCUCACAAGAGACGGAGACGGCCUCAUCACUGAUUUUAUCUUUUUCUUGACCUCCAAGCUUUUGAAGUCCGUUCCUCAGGCAGCAGCAACGACAUGCUACGUAGCAGCGAGUCCGAAAUUGAGGAACGUGUGCGGCAAAUACUUUUCAGAAUGUAAUGAAGCUCGGACUUCUAAAUCCGGAUCGUGCAAUCAUAAAGCUCAGAGACUGUGGACUGCUUCUGAGUUGUUGGUUACUCCACCUUCCACUCCCAAUGUCCGAAGUAGCCUUGCAACGUCCUAAUUCUGUUUGAGCUUUGACUAUUUUCUUCAUUUUACAUCUUCCCGUGUUGUUGUUUUUUUCUUCCUGCAAACAUAUAUUUAAUUGGUUAAGUUUUUUUCCAACCUAAAUUAAUAAUGAGGAUAUGUUUUUGCCAUACAUACAACUCCUUCACGUAAAAAUAAGCUUUAAUAUUUAGAAAAUAAAUUUCCCCAACUGCAAUAUUGUUGUUGCAAAGCUUGGAAUCCUUGAUAAGAUUGAUAAAGGAGAAUCAAAAUGAGAGCACAAAUUCCUACCAAAAAAAAAAUGAGAGCACAAAUAUGUUUAUAGGGUGGAGAAUAUGGAAAAUGAGAAACAUGCUUAUAUUUGAAAACAAUAGAGAACACAGAAUCUACCUUAUAAAGAAUACGAUCAUGGACUUAAAGUUAUGGAAGGAGGCAAUGAAUAUAAACUUGAAAGAAGAAGAUA